AUGCUCAUGCCCCCGCCCCACCAGUUGACCACGUCCACGAUCCCGCCCACUGACGUCCUAUGUAACUCCGCCCCUUCCGUGGCCCCACCCCUCGCGGUCCCACUGUCCCGGCCGGUGCCGGUGCGGCCAUGGCGGGUGUGUGCGGGGCGGCUGUGGCGCCUCUGCAACCUCCUCAUGGCCGCCUUCUUCGGGCUGGCGGCCGCCGUGCAGGUGAACGACCCCGACGCCGGGCUGUGGACGGUGAGCCCAGCUGACAGCAGCAGCACGGGAUGCUCAGGGCAACCACCCAGUGGAAGCGGAAGGUUGGAGGCUCCCCAGGGGGGAAUCCAGACGCAGGGCAGGGACUCCGCAGGAGGUUGUUUGGGCAGCAAGGACUCAGGAACCCAGAAGGUUGUCUACUUAGUGCCAGCUGCCCUGACGCUGCUUGUUGGCAUUAACCCUUCCAUAACAGAUAAUGGUGUUUGGAGGAGCCUCUGUGACCUUCAUUCUGCUGGUUGUGUUGUUGGAACCUUUGUCCUGGCUUGCUCGUUGUUUGCUUACGCUCAAGGAAACAUUUUGCAUGAAGAGGAAGGCAGAGAGUUGUUUGGUCUCGUGAUUAUCACAACGUGGAUGAGUCUUUGUCGUAGUUCAGCAAAGAGCCCGCUGGGUGGUGUUCGCUUGACCGCUGCAGUCGUGGUCGCCCUCUUUCCUUUUGUUUCAUGGCUGUACAUUUAUAUGAACAAAGAGAUGCGAGUGUCUUGGCCAACACACUGUAAAACAGUGAUUUAAUCCAGGGGAGAAAGUACAGAAUUAAUAUUCUGACCUGAUUUGCCUUUGCUUGCGGUUAUAUAUGAGAAGUUAGCGUACCAAGAAUACCUGUCCGCUGCCGGCAGCGUGGGUUGGGAUUGGUUAAAAAAAUGAGGAACACUGUCAAAUCCAAGUGGAGAAUUUUUCUGUGGAAACCGUUAUUCAUGUGGCUUCUUCAUUUUCAAAGCUCUGCUGAUCUAAUGGAUGUUCUGAAGGUUUAUCCAAGAUAUCCUGGCAUCCCUGGAUCACUUUUCAACCACCUUGUACUUUGGGAUAUCUGUUGUUCUGUAACACAAGGGAAAAGUAAAGCAAAUACUUUGUUUCGAUAAA